CUCCCCGCAGGCCGCUCCCAAGCCGACGCACAGUAAGAGCCGAGAAAACGUGCUAAUUGGGGAUUAUUUGGCAAAGAUCGAGAUUUUGGGUUCUAUUUCGUUAGGAGGUGAAGCAAAAAAAGAACUAGCUGGGUUAACUGGGCUCUUUGCGCAAACUGAGUUAUGGGGUUUUUUAUAAUGCCACUGUUUUGCACUUCUCCAACGGUAUAUAAACAAAUAGAUGUCGUUUUCCCUGCUUUGCUCUUUUGCUUUGCUCUCUUUUCCCCUUUAGUUUGGAUAGCAUUGAUAAUCAUCUGUUUCUCCCAUUUGAUCUUCCCUAGAUACACAUUCUUGUCUCAAUUAACCCCAAUUACAUAUUUCAUAGCACCCUACUGCCCACAAUGCUAAGAACAUCCAUCUGCUUGAAGAAAUCCAUCCCAUCUUUGGUCAGAUUCUACUCUACCAACAAGCUUCCCUUAUCCGUUCCUAUCACUUUACCCAAUGGCAUCAAAUAUGACCAACCAACUGGAUUGUUCAUAAAUAACGAAUUUGUUCCCUCUAGACAAGGCAAGACCUUUGAGGUCAUCAGUCCCUCCACCGAAGAGGAAAUCACACAUGUUUACGAGGCUAGAGAAGACGACGUCAAUAUCGCCGUUGAAGCUGCUACACACGCCUUUGAAAACACUGACUGGGCUACUCAAGAUCCUGCCAUCAGAGGAAAGCUCCUAUACAACUUGGCCGAAUUGGUCGAAGAACAUCAAGAUGUUCUCGCCUCGAUCGAAUCUCUCGAUAACGGUAAGGCUCUCCAAUUGGCCAAAGGCGACGUUGGUUUGGUUGCCGCUUAUAUCAGAUCGUGCGCAGGUUGGGCCGAUAAAGUUUACGGAAAAUUGAUCGAAACUGGAAGCACCCAUUUUUCCUACUCGAGAAGAGAACCUCUAGGUGUCUGUGGGCAAAUUAUCCCAUGGAAUUUCCCAUUGCUAAUGUGGUCCUGGAAAAUUGCUCCAGCUCUUGCCACUGGUAACACUUGUGUCUUGAAAACAGCCGAAUCAACGCCAUUGUCUGCUUUAUACGCUUCAAAAUUGGUCAAGGAAGCUGGUUUCCCCAGGGGUGUUCUCAACAUAGUCUCUGGUUUUGGCGGUACUGUUGGUGCAGCAAUUGCCUCCCAUCCAAAGAUUAAAAAAGUUGCCUUUACUGGUUCAACUAGAACCGGUAGAACUAUUAUGAAAGCUGCUGCCGAAUCAAAUUUAAAGAAGAUCACUUUAGAAUUGGGUGGUAAAUCCCCAAACAUUGUGUUUGCCGAUGCUGAUAUUAACAAGGCUGUUCAAAAUAUCAUUUUGGGUAUUUACUACAACUCUGGUGAAGUUUGCUGUGCAGGUUCAAGAAUUUACGUUCAAGAAUCCAUCUACGACAAGGUUCUUGAAGCCUUCAAGACUCAAGCUGAAGCCGUUAAAGUUGGUGAUCCAUUUGAUUUAGAGACCUUCCAAGGUGCUCAAACCUCUCAACAACAAUUGGACAAGAUCUUGAGUUACAUCGACAUUGGUAAAGAAGAAGGCGCUAAAGUUGUCACUGGUGGUUCAAGAAUAGGCGACAAGGGUUAUUUUAUCAAACCAACCAUUUUUGCCGAUGUUAAAGAAGACAUGAGAAUCGUCAAAGAAGAAAUCUUUGGUCCAGUUGUCACCAUCACCAAAUUCAAGGAUGUUGACGAAGUUAUCAAAUUAGCGAAUGACUCUGAAUACGGUCUAGCUGCUGGUAUUCACACUUCAGAUAUUAAUAAAGCCAUUGAUGUCUCUCAUAAGAUCAAGGCCGGUACUGUCUGGGUUAACACUUACAAUGAUUUCCAUUCCCAAGUUCCAUUUGGUGGAUUUGGUCAAUCUGGUAUUGGAAGAGAAAUGGGUGCCGAAGCUCUUGAUAACUAUACUCAAAUUAAAGCGGUUAGAAUUAAAAUUUACUAAUUCAUAUUAUAUUUUUCACUUUAUGACCUUUGCUAAUAUUAAGAUUUGAUGA